AGGACUUUUUUUCUGUUUGAAAGUUGUCAACAGAAGAAGAAGAAGUGAAGAGGAGGAAGAGGAAGAGGAGGAGGUGAAGAAGCAGUGAAGAAGAAAGAGGAGCAGCAGCAGCAGCGGAGCGUGUGAGCAGCUUCUCGCCGGAGGAGGAGUGAUGGGCUGCGGCCACAGUAAGAAGAAAAGCAAAGGCAAGAGUGGAGAGAAGAGCCAGAAACUCAAGAGCGGCCGAGAUGACGGAGGUAAAAGUGCGUCCAGUGAGCAGGACGUCUUCCUGGAGAAGCAGCUGGAGCGCUUCGAGUGGCAGCUGAGGAUUCUAAAGGAAGUGCUCUUGGCCAAUGGGAACCCGGAGAGGGCGGAGCUUCUGAAAGACCACGCCGACGUAGACGUGUGCGCCCUCGUCCUGAGCAUCCUCGACAAGGUGAAAACGGAGACGACGGCCGAUUUAAACGUUUUUCACGAACAGAAAAGUCAAAGUUCGACUGAGGAGCAUGAGCGACACGUGGAAGAUCUGCACAAGAGACACGAACAAGAGAAAAAUCAACUGACGGAAAAGUUUCAAGUGGCUGAAAACGUCCUGAAGGGGGAAGUGGAGGAGCUGAGAGCAGAGCUGCAGGUUUACAACGAGCUGAAGAAGCGAGCUGAAGAUUCCACGUUUAAUAAAGACCUGCAGAGAAAUAUUCAGGCCCACGGCAGCCCAGGUGCAUUCUGGGAGUCUGAGCAGGAGUCUCUGGUGUUCGUCAUUGAGAUGAAGAGCGAGCGUGUGCAGGAGCAGAGCAGGAAGCUGCAGCAGAUGGAAGAUCUGGUGGAGAAGAAUCUGUCGUUAGAAGAUCAGAUCAUCAACAUCCUGCAGCAGAACGAGGAUCUCAGAGUCCGGAUCGACAACUGUCAGACUCUCACUCAGCAGUUACUAAAGGAGCAGCAUGAGCUGAAGGUGGCGCUGGAGAGGCAGGCGGCAGUGAACCAGAAGCUCUCUCAGGAAAAGGAGCAGCUGAUGUUCAAGCUGAGACACAGAGACUCGUGUCCGACGCUGCACCUGCCCGUCAUGGUGCACGAGAUCGCUCCCAGAUGACUCCAUGGAGACAAAACCAGACUCGUAAAGAUUCUCGAGCUAACGAGCCGUUUGUCUGGUUUCCUCAAACUGGGUGAGAGCUGCACAUCCUACCAUCCACCACCAGGUGGCGUGGUCCAGGUUUGAAUCCACAUCAGCUCGUUUAAAGUCUGAAUACGUCUGUUUGUCUGUGAGCGGCUUCACCAGCGAGGACGGAGAACUCUCUGCCCCCUGCUGCCCCUGAGGCGCCAUUACAGCUGCUGUUCUUCAGCCGACACACGGACUCGAAGAUCCUGAGAAAAGACGUCAGGUCGUCUCCACUGAUCUGUCGUCUGUUCCUCCAGCUUCUCACUUGUGAAUGUGUCACAUGUUGUAACGGUUGAAAUGUUUUGUUAAAACCUGGAAGUGAAACAACUUUCAGAUCCAACGCGGUCAGAUCAUGUUUUAAUGCUGCUGAUGAGUUCACAGUCUCAGAGACGUAACCUCCUCCUCGUCGAGAGCAGGUUCUGUAAAACUGGACGGUGUGACUGAGACCUUCUGGUCAUCGGUUCCCUCAGCGCUGGUUAGUUCCCUCAGCGCUGGUUAGUUCCCUCAGCGCUGGUUAGUUCCCACUCAUUUAAUCCACUGUGUUUUUCUUUGACCUUUAGUCAGAUGUUUUUUCGUGUUACGAUCGACCGUCAGCGCCUGAGACAAAAAGAGACGUUGUGACAUCAUCAGGUUCUGCUGAGGCCGAUUUGAUAGAAAUCCGUUUCUACAGAACUUUUCUAGAACUUUUAAAGAAACGUCUGAUGCUUCUUCACGUUCUCCGAGUCUCCGAGAGAAGAGCGAACCUGAACCUUGAAUCUUGUUCCUCAUGAACUGUUUACAAUCCUGAUUCUCACCAGUCACAUGUUGCCUUUAACAAGCUUGAGGACUUGAUUUAGUUACUCUGUAAAAAUGUGAAAAUGUUUUUGACAGUUUAUGGGAUUUAUGGGAUGUGAUGUUUGAAAUUGCCAAAAAAAACCUUUGUCAGUGUUUUGACAUUUUCUCCUUAUGCACGAGCACUUUGACCAGUUUUCACCUGGAGUUUGUAUCAGAGAGAUUUUUCAUGUUGUAUAGUUUUGAACUUUUUCAGCUUCUUACUUGUAGAAAAGUAUUUUAUCUUUUUCUCGGUUGGUUUAAAGUCCAGCGGUUUGUUUUCGACGUGCCUCGGUACACUUUGUCAUAUCUGGUUGUUUUGGGCUUGAAUAAAUAAAAAACUGCAACUGAAA